AUGCACAUGAGUCUUCCCAGAUUCCAUCCUGCCAACUUCAACCAUCUGGACUCGGCUGCGACCCCUUCUUCUGCCGUGCAGAGUCCCGCCAUCGGCAUCAGCAGAGUUACCCAGCCUGUGCAGCUGGAAUCUCCCAGACUGAUGCGAGAGAAACAACGCGAGUUCUUGGAGAGGGCCCAUUUGUCGUCCAAAAUCGCGGCUUCGUCCAUGUCUAUCAAGCCUGGUGCACCUCGCUUGGAUCCCCUCGGUAGCCCCAAGGGUCCCGUCACCCCUUUGGCGCUGGAGGAAGGGGGUGACUAUUUUCAGGUCGCUGGAGCUGGAAAAGUCUCUCCGGCGGCCAGUCCCGGCGCAAGGAGUCCAAGAAGUGAUGUUUCUUCUGACAAGGAAGAAUUACAACGGCACAAGAAGGUUAGACAGACCGAUGUCUAUCAGUAA